AUGACAUCCUCGGCGGCAGCUGGAGCCAUGUUGCUGUUUCUGUGCCUGUGGCAUUGCCUGUGUUUCGGCCGGUGCAAAUGCGACAGCAGGUUGGCGGCAAAGGCCAGGGCUGCAUGGUGCACGGUGCUGCCAGGACUGGCAGCCGUGGUGGUGGAGUCGCCCCACAUGCCGGCAUUGCCAGCGGGGCACAGAUCUAGAUUUGGAGAUGGUCAUGCCAAUGCCACACGGUUCUGGGUUGGUGCAGCUGGUGCUGCGGGCAGCAGCCUGGUGCUUGGCCUCAAGUGCUUGCUUUCGAUGACAGCUCCCCGGGGUGCAUGGACUUACAUCCGUUGUUGCCUCAUAGGGCAACGCAGCUGGGACCUAAUUCACUGA